CAAGUGCUCGUGUUUCGUGAAAAAAAGCACUACAAAAGAAGUGUUUUUAAAAUAGGAGGAUUUAAAAAAUUCCAGCAAUAUUUCCAAAAACUAAACGAUGAUUCACCGCCAGCCGCAUUAUGCAAAUCUCAUUGAUGCUGUGACAAAACUAAGCUUUAGAUGACUGGCGGAGAAAUUAAAACGCGUAUCAUUAGUAAAUGUGAAUGAAUCAUGUGUAAUGCAGAUAUGUGUGGGAUAUAAGAGGAAUGAGUAAACCGCAGUUGCAAAGAUCAGCUCGCCUCCAACCCACUCAACAACAAAAACAGAAACCCCCAAAUGGACUUAAACAACUGCGGUUUCGUCGAUCCGCAGGCCCAGUUGAGCGACGCUCUGUCCAAGCGGGACAUCAGGAGAUUCAAGGCUGCUUUGGACAGCGGUGCCCAGGCCGAUCUCCAGGACGAGAGACACACGAGCAUCUACGAGAAGGCCCUGUCCACGAAAGGAUGCCGAGAAUUCAUAGAGGCCUGCAUUGCCCACGGGAGCCAAGUAAACUAUAUUAACCAGAAGCUGAACAAGGCCGCAGUGAAUUAUGCCGCCGACUCAAGGGAUCCCGGCAACCUGGCGGCCCUACUCCAAAACCGUCCCGGCUCGAAGGUCGACGUGGACCGGAAGUAUGGACAACUUGCGCCCCUCCAUUCGCUGGCUAAGAAUCUUAGUGAGGAAAACAUCUCGGACGUCCGGCAGUGCAUGGAGCUGCUGCUAGACUACGGCGCCUCGCCCAACAUUCUCGAUCAGUCGGACUUUACGCCCCUCCAUCACGUGCUGCGCAAGAACAAGGUGAAGGCGGGAAAGCUGGAGGUGGUGGAGCUGCUCCUGCGGCAGCCGAUGGUGGACAUCGACAGCUACCGCAACGGAGAGGUGCGCCAGCUCCUGCAGUCCCAGUUUCCGCAGCUGCAGCUGCCGCAGCAGCGGGAGAAGGGCCCGGAGCUUGACUUGCAGGCCCUGCAUCGCACCCUGCGGGACGGCGAUGAGGUCCUGUUCGAGCAGCAGUUUGCCGAGUAUCACCAGAACCUCAAGGGCCUGGCGGAUAACCAGCUCAAUGCCCACCAAGAGGAGUAUCUGCCCCUGCUGGAGGAAAGCAUCCAGAAGGACAAGCAGCGAGCUUUUGAGGCCAUCCUUGCCACCGGCAUCAGCGUUAACUCAAAGCCCUGUAAGGCUAACAGUGCGAGUCUCGUCGAGAUGGCCGCCACCUGUGGAAACUGGCGGGCACUUUCGCGCCUAUUGGAGGACCCGCAGCUACGGCUUAGCUCCGACUCCAGGCUACUGAACUCGGUGAUCAGCCACUUGGAGGAGGCGCCGUACGAUAAUUUCAACUACCAGCGGUGCUUCGAGGUGCUUCUGGACAGCGACCGCGUUGACAUCAACGAGGCGGACCGCGGGGGUCUGGUGCCGCUCUUCUACGCGGUGAAGUAUCGCAACACCCGGGCCAUGCAGGAAUUGCUGCAGCGGGGAGCUUACAUAGGGGCUAAGAGCGCCUUCGGGGAUCUGCCGAUCGAGGAUAUGCCGCUGGAUCUGCUAGAGGAGCACCUAGACUCCUGCAUCACCACGAACGGAGAAAAGCCCGGCGAACAGGGCUUCGAGAUCAUCUUCAACUACAAGAACCUUAUUCGCCAGGAAAGGGAACCGGUCGGCCAUAAGAGCACUCCGCGGACCUUUUCCCAAGGACUGCACGACGAGAUGACCCCCAUUGCCUACAUUGCCGAGGCCAAGGAGCUGCGCCACCUGCUUCGGCACCCGCUGAUCACAAGCUUCCUCUUCCUCAAGUGGCAUCGUCUCUCCGUGAUGUUCUACCUGAACUUCCUGCUAUACUCGCUAUUCACCGCCUCCAUCAUCACACACACACUGCUGAAGUUCAACGAGAGCGAACACGCGGCCCUGACCAACCUCUUUGGCGCCUUGUCCUGGCUGGGAAUCGCCUAUCUAAUUGUCCGGGAGGUCAUCCAGUGGCUGAUGUCACCGGUGCUCUACUUCUGGUCAAUCACCAACAUUAUGGAACUGAUCCUCAUCGUCCUGUCGAUCCUCACCUGCAUCGAGUCCAGCUAUGAUGAGGAGACAAAGCGCGUCCUGGCCGUUUUCACCAUUCUGCUGGUCUCCCUGGAGUUCUGUCUACUGGUGGGCUCUUUGCCCGUGCUCUCCAUCUCGACGCACAUGCUCAUGCUGCGGGCCGUCUCGAGCAGCUUCGUCAAGAGCUUCGCCCUCUACUCGAUCUUCGUGCUGACAUUCAGUCUGUGCUUUUACAUCUUGUUCGGUAAACCGCCAGUUCUGGAUGAAGUAGGCAGCGCCACGUCAGAUCCCACCAAGGAACCGGAGGCGGAGGGUGACGGGAACUUCAACACGUUCACCAAGCCCAUCGAGGCCCUUAUUAAGACGAUCGUGAUGCUGACGGGCGAGUUCGAUGCGGGGGACAUUAAGUUCACCAGCAUCUACACCUACCUACUCUUUCUGCUCUUCGUAUUCUUCAUGACCAUCGUCCUGUUCAAUUUGCUGAACGGUCUGGCCGUGAGCGACACUCAGGCCAUCAAGGCACAGGCGGAGCUCAACGGCGCCAUCUGCCGCACCAACAUGCUGAGUCGCUACGAACAGGUCCUCACUGGCCACGGAAGCGCCGGCUUCCUGGUGAGCAACCAGCCCUUCAGAAGCAUCUACGAGCGGCUGAUGAACAUCUAUCCCAACUACCUGAGCCUGCGCCAGAUCUCCGUCCUGCCCAACGAUGGCAACAAAGUCCUCAUUCCCAUGCAGGAUCCCUACGAAAUGAAGACGCUGAAUAGCAAGCUGCAGGGCAGUUUCCAGCAAGUGCCCACCUCUAGUGCGUCACAGCCGCAGAAAAAGCUGCUGGAUCCUCCGCUCAAGCUGCUCCUCCUGCCUUGCUGCUGCUCCUUGCUCACCGGCAAGUGUUCCCAGAUCGAUGGAAGUACGGUCAAACAAUCCCUUGCUCUCAUUGACCAGAAGAACAUCACGGAGCAGCGACGGAAGCGGGAGCAGGUCAAUGACCGACGCCUCCAGCUCAUCGAGCACAAGCUGGAGAGUCUGGUGCAGCUGCUCCAGGAGCGCAACUGAUCCUUCUAUGGCCAGGUGCCCACCGCGAAUAAGUAUUUAUUACGGGCUUACAUUUAAUAAAGCAGGAAGCCUGAAAGCAGAGCUGGAACGGAAUCGAAGCCUGUCCAGCUCUAUCCUGGAAGAGGAGCCGAGACCGAGUUAGUCGGAAAUUGUUUUUAUUAACAUACGAAUUAUGAAAUUGAACAAAACCCUUAAUAAUUGUCAGUAAGUAAGUUAGUAUAUAAUGGUUAUAUAGACAGUAAAUAUUGUAUAAACGAAUAAUCUUUACUGUACGUUCAUCUUGUACCCAAGUAAAUAUAUAUUUAAUUUCAAAUGUUA